UGAACAAACAUGAUUAUUAUUCGAUAAGAGGACAGUUAAAGUAGUCAGCUAUUGAGAAAGCAUCAGUGCGUGAUCAGGAGUUUUGUCGUAAGGUAGUGUCAAAUAUCAAGAUGAACAAACUAUUAAUUGUCCUUCUGGCUAUCUGCCUCGUCAAUGUUCAUGCUUUCGUGAAACGGGAUGCAGAAACUACAAAACCUGACCCGUUCAAAGAAUUUGGAGACCAAGUACUAAACACUCUUAAGGAUGCUGCUGACCCCGAAAAACUUAAAAAAGGAUUUAAUGACUUUGUUGACAAAGUGCAUAGCGCAUUUGAUCAACUAAAUCAAAAGCCCGCAGAAGCCAAAGCAUAAAGCAGGUGUAAGAAAAAUAUUCAAUGAAUGUGAUUUACUCCAUUUAGUUAUGGAAUAUAUUAUUCUUCAUAAAAAUUGUAAUCAGCUGAAAUAGUAUUGAAAUAUAUAGAAAUAAAAUUUAUUAAAGAUUAAA